AUGGAUGAGCUGUGGAAUCUGUUGGUCGCAUACAGAGACGUAUGGGAGAGCCCGAAGGUGGCGUGCGUCAAGUACGAGGCGCGUUUCGAGGCAAGCGGCGAGCCGUACAAAGCGAGGUUGAGACAUCUCGAGCCUGAGGAGGUGCUGGACGAUCGCACUCUGUGUUACAUCGAUGAUAUCGUGAUCGCGACGGACACGGUGCCGGAGAUGAUGCUGCGGUUGGAGAGGCUUCUACCUCAGGCUAGAUAA